CUAUUCCAUUCCAAAGUGUAUAAUCUUCAAGGUAUUUAAAACACAUUAUCACUGUAUUAAUCAGAUGUUUUUGACUCGAGUUCUGCUGUACAUGUUGUGCUGUUGUUUUAUAAGAAUAUUUGAAUUAGGUGACGUGGAGUUCCUGUGGUGGAUACAUACUGCAAGGGAUCAUGGUUAGUAUUUCGUUCUGGACGUUCAAAGCCGGUGUUGUCUCGUGUCUUCUGUAUUAAACUUGAUUUGAAUCAAAAAAUUACAAUUUCUUUUACGAUUUGAGGUCCUAAAUUGAAAGACAAAGACGAAAAUGUCUGAAGAUUGUUCUAUUCAGAGUAAGACUUGUUCUGCAAACACCAACCACGUGGAUAAUACAUCAGACAGUAACACGACUGUAUCACACAAGAGACAAGAAGGGAAACAACAAGACAAGAAGUUGGCAGCCGGUGUUGCUCAUAUAAAAAAACAGUUUCUAAUCUCCAAAGCAGAAUAUAUCUCUAAGUACAGCAAAGGUAAGGAUCUACCUGUACAGAACAACAAUCAGGACAAAAAUGAUCAAGAAAAUAAACAAGAAAUGGUUACAGAGGAGGAAGAUCCAAACAACCAAGAGUCAGAAGAACCUCCCAGCAAGAGAAAAAAGGGUAAACAAAGAGGGAUGAAUAAGAAACGCCCACGCCAACCAAGACCAGAUCGCAGUACUAAGCUCUGUUCAUUCAUUGCCAAUGGAGAGGAAUGUGCUCGUGGAGAACAGUGCCACUUUGGACAUUCUAUCCAAAAAUACCUUGAAAACAAGCCACCUGACAUUGGAGAAAACUGCAUUGUGUUUGAAAGGUUUGGAAAAUGCAACUUUGGUAUCAAUUGCAGGUUUAGUAAAAACCAUAUUGAUGAAGAAUAUAAAAACAUUGUUAACGAAGAACUGUUUGCAAAUAAAAAACAUUUGAGGACAAAAGAUACACUUUACAAGGACCUUCAAAUAUCUUUGAGGAAAAAGAAGUAUUCUUUUCCAAGGUCAGAUCAGUAUUUAGCUUCAUUAAAGCAGAAAUCAAAGGCAGAACCAAGUAAUAUAAGUGUUGUGGAUGAAGGUGAAAUCAGGUUGAGGCCUUGUGAAAAGAAAAAGAUCGAUUUCUCGGACAAGCUAUUCCUGGCUCCUCUCACUACUGUAGGCAAUCUUCCAUAUCGAAGGAUAUGUAAACAGUAUGGGGCUGAUAUAACAUGCAGUGAAAUGGCAAUGUGUACAACUUUACUCCAGGGGCAACAAUCUGAAUGGGCAUUACUAAAACGUCAUCAUACUGAAGAUAUUUUUGGAGUUCAGGUCUGUGGAUCAUUUCCGGACACAAUGACCAAAUGUGCCGAGCUUUUACAAAAGGAAGUGUCUUUAGACUUUGUGGAUAUCAACACAGGAUGCCCUAUCGAUUUGGUCUUUUCAAAGGGGGCUGGAUGCGCACUGAUGGAAAGAAAAGGAAAAUUUCAGGAAAUUGUAAAGGGAAUGGUAGAAGUUUUAGACAUCCCUGUUACAGUGAAGAUGAGAGCUGGAGUGCAUGAUGACAAGAAGACCUGGAAUGCACAUAAACUAGUCAGUAAUGUCAGUAGCUGGGGAGCCUCUUUAAUCACUGUACAUGGAAGGUCAAGAGAACAGCGUUACACCAAGAGUGCUGAUUGGCAAUAUAUAUCAGCUUGUGCUGAGGCUGCUGCACCAGUACCACUUUUUGGAAAUGGGGAUGUUUUGUCCUAUGAAGAUGCUAUGCUGAGACGUGAACAGACAGGAGUGGCUGGUCUUAUGAUAGCUAGAGGAUCUCUUAUCAAACCUUGGAUUUUUACUGAGAUCAAAGAACAAAGGCACUGGGAUAUUUCAUCUCAUGAAAGAUUGAACAUGCUUAAAGAAUUUGCCAACUGUGGUUUAGAACACUGGGGCUCAGACACUCAGGGUGUAGAAAUAACCAGGCGUUUUCUUCUUGAGUGGCUGUCGUUCUUAUGCAGGUACAUCCCUGUUGGGUUACUAGAGCGUCCACCUCAGCGCAUCAAUGAACGCCCCCCUUAUUAUAUUGGUCGUGAUGACUUGGAGACACUAAUGGCGAGUCGUUACAGCGAGGACUGGAUUAAAAUAAGUGAGAUGUUGUUGGGUCCUGUGCCAGAAACAUUUACUUUUCUUCCAAAACACAAGGCCAAUUCCUAUGCAACCGACUGAAGUGUCUACAAGAUGAAACGAUCUAUAGUGUCAGAAAUCUUUUACUGCGCCGACCAAGCGCGCUACAGAUACUCACUUUUUAACAAAGAUGCACAAGGCCAAUUCCUAUGCAACCGACUGAAGUGUCUACAAGAUGACAAAAUCUAUAGUGUCGGGAAUGGCUUUCUGCGCCAAGGAAGUGCGCUACAGAUAUUUAUUUUUCAACAAAGAUGCACAAGGGGGAUUCCUAUGCAGCCAACUGAAGUGUCUCAAAAGAUCACAGAAUCUAUAGUGUCAGGAAUGUUUUAGUGCGCCAAUCAAGUGCGCUAUAGAAGUCCAUGACUAGUCUAGUUCUGAACUUCUAGCGCUACAAAUAUUCACUUUUAAACAGAGGUGCGCAAGGUCAAUUAUUUAGCGGACUGAAGUCCUCACCUACGACGAGCAAGCUUGUAGUCAAUAUCUAUUCAGUUUUCAACAGGCGAGAGUGCGCCAAACUAGAAAACCAAAAUAAAGUCUCUGGAUGCACGACAUGUCAACAUGAAGCUUGUUGUUAUCUUUUUACCUCAACUCAAAGAAUACUUGAUAACGAAGCAACAAUGUCUUCAACCGAAGCGCAAGGCCUGGUCCUGUUCAAGGAGAAUUCAUUGCGCACAUAAUAACAAUUUAUGCAAGAUGGGCUCGUACUUCAUGUAAGACUACAUGAAAUGGCACUAUUGGAUUAUUACUUAUUGAUUAUCGAUUAUAACGUCCUGAAACCCUAACCCAAACCAAAAAACCCUAACCGUAAACUUUAUUACGGAAUAGUGCCAUUUCAUGUAGUCUCACAUGAAGUAGUAAGGUCAAGAGGUCUUAAUAAGGCGCAGAAAGUAAAUGUUUUCACCAUAUUCCUCGAAUUGCCACAGUUAAUGCCAUUAUUGUUCCUGAAGCUGCUUUUUUAAUUGCUCUUGUUAAUUCGCUCAUUACCCAAAAGCGCAGACUCCAAGGAGGACUGUAUGAUAAACCCUGUGGACCACUGCUGACUGGACCAGGCGCGCAAUGUAAUGUGUUGUGCCUCGAUUAGUUUUGUUUUUGGACUUGUGCAUGCAUGUCACAUCUUAUCUGAUACGAAAGUAAUAAAUUUCAUGUUAUUGUUUUGGA